AUGGCUCGACGGUAUCAGAUCGACGAGCUGUUAUGGCUUCGCGAAUCACCCCUGGUCACGAAGCCCGCCAGCUUACCGCCGGUAGAAGAAUGGAUGGGCCCGAUUCCCGACCCGGCAACGCAACGUAAAACAACUAACCCUCGAGAUCCGAAUAACCCCAACGACUCUACCGGUCGAAGACCGAGCAUCUUCGAAUCCCGUCACAUCUCCCGUGGCUCGAAUUCAGAGGAUAUCAUUCUUGGACCACCGAAAACUGCUUUCGCGUCUGCGUCUCGCGUGCCGGGGAAGACCUCGGUAGACUCGAUCGAACGGCCGCUGAGGCAACCCGACACAGAAGAUUCGAAGAACGAUCGGUUCAAUUUUCGUGACCGGUCCUUCCGAGAUAAGGAGACCGGAGAGAGAGAUUUUGAUCGACGUGAUGGAAAGACCACCGCGCCCUUCAACGGUCGACGUAGUGACCGCGAAGAUUGGAAUGCCGGGCGACCUCGUCGCACCUUCGGUCAGGAUGACCCGGAGAGGAAACCGAGACGCAACGGAGAUUUCGAUCGAUGGGAAUCCCGCGAUGGGCCCUUUGAACGAGGAGGAAGAGACAAGGAUGGUCGGUUCCUCACUCGAAAGGAUGGUCAACCAGGUCGCGCUCGGCAUGAAGGCAGCUGGUUUCGCGACGAUAAUAACCACGAUUCCCAUGAUGCAGAAGAAGAUAGGAGCUCAAUACGGAAUCGUGAAUGGCGCAGAGACAGACACGGCGCUGACCGUGACUGGACUCGCGGCGCCAAGUUCGAACAGGAGCCCGAAUGGCUUGACACCACUGAUAAGGAUGAACCCCGCCGGGUGCACACUCAGGAGGAUUUUGAACGCUGGAAGGAACGCAUGAAAGCCGGUUCCUCGCAAACACAGGUCGAAGAGAAGAAGCAAUCUCCGCCAGAGCCAGCUGCCAGCGUUGCACAGAAAGAGACCAGGCCAACCGACGGAGAGAUAUUCAGCAGCACUGGUACUCCCUUCCAAGGAGAUGCGACAAUGGAGCGCUUUUUUGGCCUUCUGAGCGAAUCGAAACCGCCGCCGCCACCGCCGCCCCAGGAGAUGAACACACCUUCCCCUGUUGAAUCCAUCAAGAAAGAGAUGCUGCCAGGAAAGCCUGCGAAGUCAUCUCGAUUCGCUGGACUGUUUAGCCCUCCUCCUGGAAGUCCCGCAAAGGAGACCGAUCAACAGUUUGGGAUCUUUGCUACCAAGCCUUCGCCUGUCAACAGCGCCCCGAAACCUGAUGCUGAUCAAGAAGGUUUCCAGAGGAUUCUCCAGAUGCUAGGCGGAAACAAAUCUCGCAAUUCUACGCCGCAUAAUGACAAUGUGCAGCUUAAUCGGCCUGCAUCUAUCCACCAUGCAGAACAGGGUCCGAGCGCCGUCUCAUCCCCUCCUCGAGAGCAACUUCGCCGCCCGGAUCCAAUGGCGAUGCCGGACACUCCCGUCCGAAACCCUGGUCUCCCUCUCGGUCAGGAUCCUCAGGCGCGCGAGAGAGAACAUCUUUUGCGACUGAUGCAGCAGGUUCAUGUUAGCCCUGGUCCUAACCAGCCCCAGGGCCAGCCACCGAGCGCCGGCCCCGGCCACGGUAUGCCUAAUAUGUCAGAAAUCCUGCCUCCCCCGCCAGGUCUUGGCUCCGCCCAGAAAACUCCGAAUUUCAUUGAUGACCCGGCCAUUGCGAGCAUGCCCAGACCCGACAUUGACCAACUUCGACGAAGACCCACGAAUGGGCCUCCUCCCGGCUACUUCGAAGACAUGCCUUUCCCCCCAGGUGGUAACGUUCCUAUUACUCCUGGUGGCACCAGAGCUCCUCAGGGACAGGGUCUGCCUACAAUGGCGAUGCAGAGGCCCCCGGGAUUCGAGCAUAUGCCGCCGCCUCCAGGAUGGGCCGGCCCCCAGAUGCCUCCGCAACAGGGUCGUGGGCCAGGUCCUUUGGGUCCGCCUCCGGGCAUCCCGACCCCAAACGGCGGGGUCCCUCCGGGAUUCAUGAUGCCCAUGCAUGGAAACAUGCCUCCUCUCGGCGAGCGUCAGCCCUUGCCUCGUGGCGCUGGCGCUGGUGGAGCGGCUGGAUUCCCUCCCCCGCCAGGCAUGAUGCCCCCUCCUGGCUACAUGAACGGUCCUCCGCCAGCUGGGUUUCCACCCAUGCCGCCUAGUGAGCUGAUUGGUAUGGGUCCCGGUGGGCAGGGUCCCUUCGACGGCAAUCCUGCGCCCCAGGGACCCCCACCAUCAUCCAGACAUCUGCUUGAUAUGUUUGGCCAAGUCGGCGGCGAUGCCAGAGGCGGCAUGGGCCGAUAUACUGCCAUCAAGCUUGAUAGGUCCAUCUCAGCUGACAGAACAUACUAUGUUAUUGUUGUCCUCGCUCAUCCGGUUCUUGCCCUGUCCGGGUCCCACGCCCAAACACUGCUACUUCCCAAUCAUUCCCUCCAUUUCCAUAAUCAAACCUCGCCGUCAACAGCCCACGAAACAAGCUCGACUCUACCUAUACAUCAUUCACCUCCUUCUACUCAUACGCCCAACCCGCGUAUACGCAGAUACGACGACUUUCGCGCAGACUACGGUCUCGAAACCGAGCAUCUCCACGACCUCCCCAACCCACAACAUCUACCGAAAAGGCCCAGAACCUCGUCUACGAGCGCACAAGCGUAUGUUUGCGAGCACGAUACCACAGACCCUUCCGGACCCUCAACUUUUCGUCCCAACUCCGAAACCCCGGCCUCUGCGACACAAAGCUCCCCGCGUGAGAGCGACAACACCGCGCCGGAGACUGCUAACAAAAACACCCAUACAGAAGGCCCCGGCGCGACACAGGACACGCACAUCGCCUCGUCCAUAGAAAGGGUCAGUCCUCGUGUGUUACCUCUCGAUAUAAGGAGUAGCAUGGUUAGAUCCUCGCCGAUACCUACGCCCACGCCCACCCGCAAACCCAUCUUCACCAUCUACGAAGACCCCGAAGGAACAGACCCCAUGGACAUAGACAUAGACGAUCCAUCUCCCGACUGGACCUCGCUGUUCCCGGACGACGACAAGGAGAAUGAGGAGGAAGAAGAAGAGGAGGAGGAAGAGCCGUUGGAUGAGGAGCGCGUGAAUCCGGGGGCCGAUGGGCCUCUAGGCUGGGAAGAGGAAUACCGCGUGCCAGCACCGUCUCACGCAAAUAGUGGGGAUUAUGCGGUGGAUGAUGUGGACGAAGCUUACCGGGUUUCGGGCACUGGGUACGAUUCUAUCGGAGCUUCUUCGUCAUGGACUUUGGGGGGUGCGAGGGCGCGUGGAUGGCGUCGUACGUUGCCGUGGAGGGCGAUUGACCGCUGA